AUGGAGGCCGCGCGCGCCAAGGACACGAAGGAGCGGCUGGCUGGCGUGGAGCGUCUGCACGAGGCGCUGGAGGCCGCGGCGCGACGCGGCCUGAGUGCCGGGGAGGUGACGUCCGUGGUGGACACCUGCAUGGGUCUCGCCAGGGACGGCAACUCCGCAUUGCCCAGGGAGGGCUGCAGGCGCUCUCCGCCGCCUCGGUGCUUGCCGGAGAUGUACAGAAACAUGGGAUAUCAGUUCCAUGAAGAGCUGCAGCGCCAUAAUCUACCUGCUUACAUGCUAAAGGAAAUAAAUUCAAGAUUGGAUAAAAUAGAGCCAAAUGCUCCCUCAUCCGAUGGAGCUAGAAUGCAUUGGUUCCUCCAUUGUCCUCAGCUAUCUGACCGAAGAUUGAGCAUAGUUAAACAGGUAUUUAACUACAAUAUAUCAAAGAUCCACGGAGUGGCUCCUACGUUAGAAAGGAUCAGAUCAGCAAAACUUGGUGCAGCAGCCAUUUCAUAUAAAGUUCAGAUGGCUACGAAAAGGAAGAGCCCCGCGGACCAUGGUGGUAAUUCAUUUUCUGUUCGAUUAGGGCAGCAUAACAACAUUUUUAGGUUUGAAAAUUUUGAAGAUGAUAAGAGUGUUGUUUUGAUGGAAGCUCAUUUAGAAAUGAUGCAAAAGUUCAUUAACUUUUGUAAGGAGAAGGAGUCCUUUAAAAGAAAUGCAUUCAAGGAGAAGCUUACAACAUAUUUCGGAGGGCAUUUGCCUUCUGAUAUAAUUCAUAUUGGAAGUGCCAUUACUGUAAUCUGCGAGCAGAAAGCUUAG